AUGUGUAGAUUCAACAGACAUUUUGGAAUAACGGUGAGUAAGUAUGGUUUACCCGGUCUUUGUAUACGUUAUAACAAACGUCCUCAGCCUGAUAACUACUUGAAUUCAUUCAAAGAUUUGACAACAAUGUGUUAUUCUAAACAUUAUUGUAAUCCAUUGAUGGCUAUACCGGUUACAAUUGGUUAUUUUAACAAAAUUAGUGAUUGUAUCUAUAAUACAAAACGAAUAGUUAAAAAUUGUAAAAAUGAAAAUGUUAAAAAUGAACGAUAUUCUUCUGUGAUUAUAGAAAAUAAUCAAUCAUUUACUGAUACAAUUUCUAGUCCAUUUGUAGAUCGAAUAAAAUUUCAACUUCCUUAUUCAAUCAAUUUUGAUUUAUCAUUAUAUGAAUCUCGUACACAAUCAGUUAAUAAAAAAUGUUCACAUACUGUUCAAAGUACUCGUUUUUUUAAUCAUAUAAUUAAAAAUGAUGUACUUGAUCAUCUAACAUUUAUAUUACGUAGUAAAAAUAUAUUUUAUUGUUCAGUACCAAAAGUAGCAACAAAAACUUUAUUAAUUUUAUUUACAUAUCUUCAUACGGAAGAACUUAUCACUUAUAUUACUAAUAAUAAUAGUUAUAUAGAUAAUGAAUUAAUUGAACUUGACUAUUCAAAACGUCAAACUCUAUUUAAUCUUCCAUUUUUACAAGAGAUGAUGACACCUAAUAGUUCCAGUAUAAUAAAUAAUCAAACAAUAUUAGAUGCUAACGACAAUGUAAAUGAUUUUACUUGGUACAAAGAAGUUCAACUGAAUGUAUUGAAUACAUUUAAAUUUAAAUUAUUAAAUUCUUCAGAUCAACAAGAUCUUUGGUUUUUAUUUCAAAAAAAUAUUUUUCCAUUAAUAAAAUUAAAAAGUAUUACAUCUAAUCGAUUAAUCAAUUUUAUUCAUCAAUCUAUAAAAAUAAUAUUUGUACGACAUCCAUUUGAACGUUUAGCAUCAGCAUAUUUCGAUAAAAUAGUUCAAAAAACAAAUAAUAAUCAUCUAACAUUAUACGAUGAUAUUCGACGACAAAUAUGUCGUAAAUAUGCUCAUAAUUAUUUAAAUGUUAGUCAAAUAUUAUUUUAUGAAAAACAACAACGAUAUAAUCAUCAAAAAUUUUCUAAAAAAUUAAUCAAACAAGUAAUUCAUUUUGAUACUCAAAAUGAACCAUGUAAAAAUAUUAUACCUAUAUUUGAUCAUUUUGUUGAAUUUAUUUUAACUUCGAAUGCUCGAUCCGAUGUUCAUUGGACACCAUAUUCUCAUUUAUGUCAUACAUGUACAUUAAAAUUUGAUUUUAUUGGAAAAUAUGAAACAAUUCAGAAUGAUGUACAAUUUUUAUUAAAAUGGUUAGGUCAAGAUACUAAAGAAUGGAAAAUGAAAAUGAUAAAUAGUAAACCAACAAUGAAAAAGAUGAGAAUAUAUAAAGAAUUAUAUGAAAAUCUUCCAUAUCAUAUUCUUUGUAAAUUACAAUCUAUUUAUUCUGAUGAUCUAAGAUUGUUCGACUAUAAUAUUGAAGAUUUUAUCAAUCAAACAAAACUAAGACGUUGUUCACCUAACAAGUAUAAUAAACAAUUUUCAAAUAGAUGGCACAUAUAA